CACGGGACAAGUGUAAUCUAGACAUUUUUGAAGGAGAGAAAGAAGUAUGACAAUCAAGGAGGCCAUAAACGAGCCCUACAAUUGUAGGGACGACUGACGAUACGGGCCUUAGCCCCAGUUCUAAAUUUUUUCCGUAAUAAUCAUGCUGAGAUCAGUAUCUAGGCCAUAUUAGAGGUGAUCAAUAUAUUCCUUUAUUGCUGUACUGAAACUAUGCAUUUUUUGAAAAAUGCACGGUUGUCAAGUAUUUGGGGUUGACGAAUAUUUUAACAGUUCUCUGAUGACCCAAAAUAUACCUACUUACCUACAUAUAAUGAUAAGAGCUGAGAUAACCCAUACAAACAAAAGCAGGUUGUGAUAUUGAAUUUGAAAAUAAAGAAAAUUCAUGUUAUAUAUUAUUUGCAUUUAUAUUUUUACAUCUAAGUACAUUAAUCAGAUCUGUAAAUAUAUAAAAUGUAAGAUUUUAUAUUAUAUUUUAAUAUGACGGACAUAUGAGAAUACUUUAUAUUUUUAUUUUCAAAAUACUAUGCUGCCGGGCUUAAUAGGAAUGUCGUAACUUGUAACCAACAAUUUUGUACGUUAGGUUUUAGAAAUUAGUCCAUAAUAAUACUUAUUUUACAACGAAUUAUCAAAAGUAGUCUAAAACAAGGAAUGCACCAUAUAUUUCGGUUUAUGUUUAUGGCAUAUUUACCAGAUGAUCGUUUCUGCAAAUGCGACAUUUCCAUUAAGCUGGGCAGUAUGGUGAAAUGGAAACUGUCCAUAUACCUAUAUGCAAGAGUAAGUAUUGAAUAGCACGUUUCCAAUCAAGCUACCAAGAGAUCACACCUUGCAAGUGAGUGAGUAGAACAGCUAAUAAAAGGUGAGCGUGCUCUCUUUUAUAAUCAUUCUUGUGAGAAAUAUUUGGAGAAAAGUGCGUAAGACAAUCAAUCUCGCCUUUAAAUAUCAAGUUAUCAUUCUGAUGGACAAUUUAAUGAUAUGAAAACACUUUUUAUAAAAAACAAAGAAAAAAGGAUGGAUUCACAAAAUUAUUUGAUAAGCGUCAAAAGAAACACUAAAAGCUAGCAGAAAAGAUAAUAUAAAACAAGUUUUCGUUUGUAAACCGUAUCUUCCAUAUACGAUACGCCAUCCCCGUUCUAAAUCUUGUAGAGGCUCGAGAAGUGCGAAGAAUAGGAUCUUAGCAGAUCCAGCAUACACGACAUAUAGCAAUAUGGCGUUGAAUAAAAAAAAUGAAGCAGCUGAUGCUCUUGACCGAAUGCUAUAAUGUCUUUGAGGAAAGCUGCCAUCGUUAGAUUAAGUAACUUUAUAAACUCGACAUAAAUAGAAAAAUACGAAAGACGCAAACAUAUUAUUUAAGGAAAAUAAACAAUCCAAACAAGAGUGUCACUGCAUUGUUCUUAAUUCACAAUUCAAGUUCAUUUCAAAAAACAACAAUAAUUAAACAUUACUCAAAAAGAAACGUAAUUUAAACACGAAUCAGCUUCAGUGUCAUAGCUCCUGCAUAUAGAAUAUAUUUGAGGUUGUGUAGCUGAUUGCUCUGCCAAAUGUUAUUUAAAACCGGGGAUAUAUCUGAGAAACGUUUUAAUUCGUUCACAUUCGCUGUUAUUGUCAUCACUCCUGCUCGUUUGUGGACAUUCGAUGCAACGUUGCUUGUAAACUGACACAUUUUACGUGUUCCCUGUUCAUUUCCAUUUGCCAAAAACAUUUCUAGCCUUCCACUCAUUCGCGAAGAAGGUUAUUUAAUGGUGUGAGCAUCUGGUACCACCGUGUUUAUUUACUAUUUUUGAAUAAAUUUGAUAUUAAUACUAAUACGUUAUGGCAAACACAAAGAUAAUUGUUUUAUCAAAUAUCAUAUGUCGAGAAAUAGUUCAUUAUUAUAAUUUUAAGAAUGAUUGGAGCAACAGCCAAUGCAUAAAGCUCCUUGAAUUAUACCGCAAACAUCUAGUCCUAUGGAACACAAGCUAUGCAUUUUAUUAUUCAGCCGUUAAAAAGAAAGAUGAUUUGACUGAUAAAAUGAAGAGUUUUAUGGCGUCAUUUAGGGCACAGUAAAGCAAAGGCUCAAAAGUGUAGGAACACGAAAAGGCAAGUUUCAAUGUUUAUUGUGUUUUAAUUGUUACGUAGUUAAUUUCUGAAUACAAAUAAAUUGACAUUAAUUCUGAUAUGGUACCUACUCCAGCAAAUAAUGUGACAUAGUCAAAACAGAUCCGAACAUUCUUUUUAUGUCUAACAUUUUUUUAACGAUAUUUCUAAUUUAAUAAACCUAAAUUAAUUACAAAUAAUGUUGUAGGUCGAAAAGAAGUGUACGGUUCGAAAUGGUUUGCUAUGAAAUACAUGCUUUUCUUGAUUGAUCGUGAUAGACCAAGAAGAACAGUAGAUACCGUAAGUACAUUAUCAGCUUUCUCUCAGUUGUUAAUAGUUAUCUUGCCAGGGCAGCGGAUUAUUUUGAAAAUAUCACGGCUAUCACGUGCAGUAUUCUUUGAUUUGUGUGGUCUGUUUUUAAGACCGUCUUGCCUCCAACUACUGUCCAACAAAAUUCCAUCAAUUUCAGUGUCAAAAGAUCUGGCGGGAGUAUAUACCUCUCGUGAUGUCUUACUUUUGCGUAAAAAAAUGUACAGAUAUGUAAUAUAUGUAAUUGUCAUUAUAAUAAACGUGAAUUGAUCGGGUUGUAGCAGCAUAGGCAGUCCAAUAUUCGGAACACCGAAGACACGAGAUGCCAAAAACAUUUUCGAUAACUCUACGUGCUCUGCUUAAACGGUAAUUAUGGUAUAUUCUUUCUCGUGAACCUUUAGGAGCAAUUCCUGCGUAGGGUUUCAUAAUAUUGUUCAGUAAGGCGAAAGAUUCAUAGGCAAGAAACACAUAUAUGGUACUUCAGAAUGUCCUUCUUGUAGAGAUCUUGGAGCAAGUAAAUUUAGACGUUUUUUCUCAAUCAGAUUAUAUAGUUUGGAUUUUAUAAAUACUCCUCCAUCGAAAAUUCGCCCUUGAUAUCCACAAUCUACGUAGAAAAACUUGUAAUCAGCAUCUACCAAUGCAAAUAAAACUACGCUGAUAAAGGAUUUGUAAUUAUCAUACUCUCUGCCACUGUUGAAUGGCGACUGUAUCAUUAGCUAUUUUCGAGUUCUAAAUUCCUGUUACAGAACGGUUCUGGAACUGCGUAAGACUGAAUGCGUAAAGGGGAAGAUCUCUGGAGCGGUUAUGAACAGUCCGUGAACUAUCAGAAUUUUACCAAAACCCGAACAGCCUGAACUCGGGACUACGGCAACAAAGAAGAUAACUGUGCGAAGAGAACAUUUGUCAGUAAAUAUAACCGCAAUAAGUUGUUAUUAACUGCUUCAAGAUCAUCAUCACUGUCAGACGACGAUGAUGAUGACCAAUCAGAAUCAAAAACUAUCUGUAUUGAAUCCGUUUGUCCACUUCUCCUUUAAUUUUAUAUAAGAAACACUCCCCAACCCGCAAAAAAGUAAACAGAAUUUAAAGCUAAACAUGUCAAACAAUUUUAUCGACAUUGGUACAAGAAAUACGCAUGCGGGAAAAAUCAGUUCAAAAAUGGUCCCGACAGGAAAGCAAGAACUACUUGAACGAUUGUCGAACCAUCGUAGAACUGAACCAGGAUAUAACUCGAACACUAAAUUCCAGUUCUAUAACGGUCCGGUGGUAAUCCAACAGAAACCCGAACACGUCGGUUUCUUCUGCGCAUGCUCCUCAUAGUUCUAGAACAGUAAUGAUAAAAACCCGAAGAAACCUAUUAUAUAUGCUUUUCGUCCAUCGAACCCACACAGUUAGGAAAAUUCCACUUAUCUUCGUAUUCUUUAGAUACUAUCAUUCACUUUUCGGCACCGUCGGGUAGCUGUAAAGAAAAUUGAAAUAUAUUGAAGUUUUAACAAGUGAUUUAAAAACACCUUGUAUAUUAGAUUAUUUCCUACAAUUUGGUGAAUCAUUAAAAAUAACAAACCUAAGGGGGUGUCUAUUUAUAAUCAGUAAUCCAAUAUUUAUUUUUAACAGAUUCAUCAAAACAUGGAAGAUAACAGCGAUUUGGUAAGAGAUGCUGAAGUUGACGAAAGUACUAAUAUUGGAUUAUGAAGGAGAUUAUGAGUCAGGUCAGACAAUCGCAGAUAAUGAAAAGGAUGACCUCAGAGAUCAUAAUAUGAAGCAAAUAAUAUAGGAGAUGCUGCAACUGGUGGCUUAGCAACUGAUGAAAGUCGCGAUGCACAGAAAAUUGUUUCAGAAAGAUCCAUCCCAACGGCGGUUCGUAUACAUUCGAGAAGCGGUAGAUCAAGAAUAAAACCAUCCGAGAAAGCGAAAGACAGUGAGCAACUUGAUAGAGCUAUUGAGUUACUAGAAAAAGCAGCAACUGGACCAUCGUCGAUGCCGCAGUCACAAGGGUUAACCAUUCAUCAUGACAAACAUGCCACUUUUGCACUGCAUAUACCUAGCGGAAAAAUUUCGGGAAUACAGAUCAAUAACAGUCAAGCAUUUACAGUUUGAGAUUCAGAUUUUGUUUGCUGUCGACCUAGAGCAAUAUGACAGAUCUUACUGUUCUAAAACUCAGCUAGCUGUUCUAUCAAGCUUCAAUAAUCCAGUUUUUAAUUCUCAGCCCCAUACAUCUGGUUCUCAUGGAUCUCAGUUACAUACGUCUGUCAGGUCCCAGCCACCUACACCAAAUUCAUACGUGUGUCAACUACUUACACCUAAUUCAAAUGCGUCUCAACCACCUACACCUCAUUCUUACGUGUCUCAGCUGUCUUCAACUCUUUCGUACAUACCAGCUUCAUCUAAUAUGGAUGUUGAGUCAGAUCCACAGGCGUCCACAAGGGGGGCAAGGGUGGGCGGUUAUGGAAAACGAUAAAAAUUAAUACUUUUAUAAUAUAUAAUCUAAAUAAAUACUUUUCUGUUGCAUUUUAUUUCCUCUUUUAUUAUGUAAAUUGUAAAAGAGUCUAAUAAAGGCAAUCUAUUAUCAUCAUUAUUGUAUUUAUAAUUUCGCGAUGCGAUUAGUUCAAUUGAGUCAAUCCAACAGUUACAGUAUUAUUUAUGUCAACAAUUUCCGACCUUCCACUGUGUGCGGGUUGAUAUUUAGCGACAAAUAUCAAUGUCCCGCAUAUGAUCUCAUUGCAACUAGAGAUGAGCAAAAACUCGCGAACUGCGAUUUACUCGCAGCGAUUAUACAAUCGCAAUCGCAACCUGCGAGCCCGUUCCGUAGCAAACUCCGAGUUGCUAGCUGGUGGGUUCGCGUGAGCCGGUAGGCAUGCAACCAACCGAACAAUCGCGGCCAUCCCUUUGGGAGUGACACAUGCGAGUGGCGAUUGGCGGUUAAAAACGAGCGGAUGGCGUUGCUUUUAUAUGGUUGUGAGUUGUGACUGUUGCGAGCUGCGAAUGCGAAUUGUUAGGAUUGGUAUUGGUGGUUUCUAUUUUCAAUCUCUAGGUUGUUUUUUUGUCUGACUAGCCAGUAUUAUUUUAUUCAGUUUAAACAAUGUUUAAAAAGAGGAAAAUAAGUUAUUUGAAACAUGGAGUCAAAACACCUAGCUGUGUCAUUAAAUCCCGAAGGUGCCUCGGUCACUUUAUCAAGGCAAGCCCCACCUGUGACAAGUAUACAGUCAGGGGCAUCAACAAGUUCAGGAUAACCAAUCAAGCAAGUGGGAGAUCCAAGAGAAACGGAGAUAGAAGAGAUUAG